CAGUCGGUAAUUUAGAACGCGCGAUACCGAGUUCUAUUAGCUCGAAAUGUCUAUCUUAUACCUCAUCUGUAUUAUUACAUAGCUUGAAACUUUGCUAUAGAUAAAGUCACAGACGUUUUUAAUUGUUUUCUUAUGCGUUAUUAUAAUGCGAAAUUAUAGUUAAAAACACCGUAAUUAACAAUUAUUAGUUUAUAUUAUCAGUUCAGGGGUACUUUGCAAACAAUCUAAUAUCAUGAAAAAAUACGCGCAAUCGUAGUUUACACAGUUUCUUGUACUUUUCAAAAUAGUGUUUAUACCACGUGCAUAUAAGUAUCCAUAUAAGUACUAUUAUGUAUUGUUGAUGUUUAUUACUUGUGAAUUCAGAAAUUGAAUGUUUUGUGAAUAAUAAUUACUUCAGUGGUUAUACUUCGCGUUCAAGACGUUGAGCGUUAAAACCUUUUUGUUCAAUUUUGUAGAGUAUUUUAUAAUAAUACAUAAUAUGGUGUGAAAUGCUAACUUUAACACGAAAUCUGUAUUCACAUUAUCUAACCUAUUUUUACCCAAUCUCAACGUUUAAUCAACAUCUGCUUAAGAAAUACUCGCAAUCAAAAACAACCUCAAAUAUGAACGAAGGCUUUUUAAUGUACGAUGAAGGCAGCAACAAUUUUCAAAUGUCUCUUCGUUACGUUAAUACUGACUUAAAAAUCGAUAGACAAUUCAAGUUUUACAGAAAUGUGGACGAACGUAUAGAUAAUUUUCUUUCCAGAAUAAACAUGAAAAUAAAUGAUUAUAUUAUGAAAAAAAAGUUUAAAAAGAAAAGUACUGGUAACUUACAGAAUGCAAUUGAUAUCAAGACUAAAACGAUUAAAUUAGUAAGAAAUAAUUCUGAUCUAGAUGGAAAUCUUACUUGUAAAACGAUUUUAGAGGACCCAUCAAAUCUAAAAUUAAUUAUUUUUGAUACAGAAUGUAUAUUGAAAUAUAAUAUACCUUAUGUUAAAAAAAUUGCAUUACCAUCCAUUAUUUUGGUUGGCUUUCCUACUUAUCCGUCAAAAUUAACAUUAACGUAUGCUGAUAAAACAAAAUCAACCUUUAAUUGGUAUAAAAAUGAAAACAAUCGGUGGAUCCAUAUUGGAGAAGGUUAUUUUUUCAUACCAGCUUUGUCCGACUUGGGAUGUAAAUUGAAAAUAAUGUGUGUACCAAGAAAGGAUGACCAAGUUGGACCCAUGAUAGAAGUUACAUCUAAUGGUGUAGUAGAAGCUGGUCCAGGACCAUGUCUUUUUAGUAGUAGACAUACUUUUACUCAAACUAAAUUGUUGGAUAAAAGCUUCAGGGUUACAUCCUAUAAUAUUUUGGCAAAUAUAUAUUCAGAAACUGACUUAUCUAAAGAUGUGUUAUAUCCCUAUUGUCCACAGUAUGCUUUAUCUAUGGAUUAUAGGAAAUUAUUAAUUCUUGAAGAAUUGAAAGGAUAUAAUGCAGACAUCAUAUGUCUUCAAGAAGUAGAUAUGAAAAUUUAUGAAAAUGAUUUAGUAUCAUUUUUGUCUAUGUUAAAUUACAAUAGCAUAUAUAAUCUUAAAAAUGAUAUGCGAGAAGGACUUGCAAUUUUCUAUAAUCAAGAUAGAUUCGAUAAAUUGAAUUGCAGUUGUAGAGUUAUUUCUCAAGAUACAGAUUUAAAUGGGUUUAAUACUAUAUGGUUGCAGAUUCAAAACGAAAACGUGAAACAAACAUUUUUAAAUAGAAAUACAAUUGUACAGACAUUGACACUAAGAUCUAAGGAAAAUUUGGAAAUUCUAAUUGUUGGCAAUACACAUUUAUAUUUCCGACCAGAUGCAGAUCACAUACGUUUAUUACAAGCAUAUUAUUGCCUGGUAUAUCUACAAUCACUUGCUCAAAAAACAAAGCAAGAGAAUCCAGAAUAUAAUGUUAGUAUCAUUUACUGUGGGGACUUUAAUAGUGAACCAAACAAUGGUAUUUAUCAAUUGAUGACUCAGAAAUAUAUUCCAGAAGACUAUGCUGAUUGGAAAUCGACUUCCAACGAGAACGUAGAAAAUGUAACUUUGAAGCACGAUAUUAAUUUAUCCAGUGCUUGUGGAAUUCCAGAAUACACAAAUUAUACAGCAGCCUAUUCUGGAUGCUUGGACUAUAUAUUUUACCAAACUGAUUAUUUAGGAGUAGAACAGGUGAUCCCAAUGCCAAGCGCAGAAGAGCUUAGUUUGUAUACUGCUCUUCCAUCUGUAGUAUCUCCAAGUGAUCAUAUUUCCUUAUGUGUAGAUUUAAAAUGGUUAAAGUAAACAUUAACAUGUCUUAAAAAUGACAUUGUUUCUAUAUCGAGUGAACGUAUUUUUUCAUUUUCCCACUUUUGUAUAGUUAAUAACGAUGGAAUUAUUUAUUUAUUACUUUUUAAUUUAAGGAAGCUAUGAUUUUUAGAUUCGACAAUUGAAAUUCGAUGAUUUUUCAAGGUUUUGGAAGUUUUAGUGAAUUCUCAAUAUAAUAUACAUUUAAGGAUGUUUUACAGGUAUGUGAAAAAAAUCUACUGCUAAUAUCUAUAAAGCAAUAAUGUAACUUCUAAUUUAUUACUAAAUUGUACAUUGUGACUCGUAACCGUUUAAUCGAUAUACAACGCACACGCGUUUUUCUUGUCUGGUAUGGUACUAGGAAUGGUACCAGUGGACGUUGUUCCUUGUUGUACAAAAUAAAUCUAUGCUUUACAAGAUGAAUGACUAAAUAAGAGAUACAGAGCCAGAUAAGUCUUGUAUUUAUAUUGGAAAAGAAAGAAUAUAAUACUGGAUUAUGAAAAUAUGAUACGAAACAAUGAGACAAGAAAAACACGCUUGCGUUGGUGGAUUCGCGUGGUAUCAGAAGUACAAGCACGUACAGCAUUUUCGUGAUGAAUCUUGAACCUCGAAAAGUAAAACAAUAAUUACAGCUUUGUAGAAUUUUUAUAAAACGUACAUAGUAGUUUUACCUCAGUGUCUUUAAGAUAGCAUUUGUAGUCUAAGUCAGAUACAUACAGCGAGUGAUUAAAAAAUAAUCUUUGUAUUCUAUUCUACAGUAAGAAAUGAAAAUCUUACACACAUUACAAUCACCCAAAUUAUCACGUAUACAAACGAACAAAUAUCGGAGAUUGCGCAUUUACAUUUGUAUACUAGAAAAGGAUCCACGUUAUGUAUCACAUUAAUUUUACAGUAUAAUUUAUCAAAGUCUACAUCCACACUUCAGUGAUACGAAGUUAAUUUAAUAUUUGUAUUUAUGAACGACUGGUAUUACUUUACAAAAUAUUUUGUACAAUUUAAGACAAUUGAUUCUCCAUUAAUAGAGGCCUGCAGGAUUAACGACAAAAUGUUAAAUAUACUACUAUCAUCUAAAUCAUUGUCCCUUCUUUUGACACAUUGUAUAGCUACAUAACAACAAUUUUAACUGACCGUGGACCAAGCUUCCUGCGUGACUCAUGAAUUGUUUAGAAAUCUGUACUUAAAUAGAAUUUUUUCUUAAACAAAUACUGUGGGGUCAAAAUUCGUAUUUCUUCUGUGUAAUUGAGAAUGUUGAAGACGAUUUGUUUCUCUGACGGUAAGUUCCACAAAAUGAUGAACUCACGAACACUGUGAUUACAAGGCCAUUACAUAUAUUAUAUAAAAGAAUAUAUAACAAUAGAACAAGAGAUAAUUAGAGCCUGAAGUAUUAGCUUCCCACCGAUUAAUAUUGUUUCAACAGUAUCAACAUUAUUAAAAAUGUUCGUCGCUAUUAUCACUAUUGUUCUUAAUCAUACAAAAAAGGCGUAUGUGUUGUGUAUAUAUGUAUAUAUAUUAACGACGACAUUUAGUGCCUGCAGACCCCUUGUUUUCUGGACUAUUAUACGAAUUUUCUUGGCAAUGUA